AUGCAAGCGUACAGAGACAACUUCAAACAAACUCCUUGUCCAUCGCUCCUGGAUCAGCCUGGACCGCCUUCAACAAGACUGCCCUUUUCCAAGACAAAUCGUAGUAGUCGGAAUACAGCGACAAAAAACGAUCAUAACACAACAGGUUCGAUAAACGGAGCUGCAACUACGCCCAGAAUGUUAAGUCCAACACCGUCAGAAGAUAUGGGCACUUCGGCCCUAUUACGGCAAAAUCAAGAGCUGCGACAACGUUUAGCCGAGGAGGCGAAUAGCUAUCGACGUCGUUUGGAUACCUAUAAGCAGGCUCAACAGAAUCAAACCACUCUGGUGAGUCGUUUACAAUCGAAGAUACAACAAUAUCGUCAGCGUUGUAACGAUUUGGAAGAGCGUAUGCAGGAAACUAUUAAACCACCGACACCAUGUCCAGCAGCGGCACCAAAAAUUACCACCGGUCCCACGUCCAGUCAAGUUAUGUGUUCCACUUCAUUGACCUUGGGCCACUCGAGUCAGCCUUGUUCAUCUUCAUUGGAGACACCACCCUCACCACCCACCUGUGGAGGGGGUCGUGAAUUUGUUGUCCAUGAAGAUAGCGGUGAAUUGUGUCGCAAACUAGAGGAGGAACAUAAAAAAUGUGAACAGCUGAUGACUCAAAAUAAUGCCUUGCGACAACAGCUGAUCGAAUCGAAUCGCACCAAUGAAGCACUGACCAAUGAUUUACAAAAAUUGACCAAUGAUUGGUCGAAUUUACGUGAUGAACUGUUGGUCAAAGAGGAUGAGUUUAAGGAGGAAGAACAGGCUUUCAAAGACUAUUACAACAGCGAACACAAUCGCCUAUUGAAAAUGUGGCGUGAAAUUGUUGCGGUCAAGCGUGCCUUUAAAGAUAUGCAAACAGCAAUGCGUAACGAAGUCACCAAAAUGGGUAUGGAGGUAAACGGUGCCGUUAAGGACAUCAAUGCCACCUGUAACAACGUGGCCUUCAAUCAUCAACAAGCUAAACGGCAACUUGAUGAACAACUGGCUCUAGCUAAACGCGAAAAUGAUGAGCUACAAAAUCAAUUAGCCACUUUAAAAGUUCAACAUGAAUCUGCUCGCCAUGAAGUCAUGGAACGCGAUCAACGCCUACUUGAGCUAAUGAAUCAAUUGAAAAAGCUGGAAGAUCGUUGUGCCCAGGCGGAAUCACAGGCAAUGUUGGCAUCACGUUACAAUGAUGAAAUUGAUCGUCUGAAUAGUUCGAUACGAGAAAUAGCUCAAGCUGUGGUAUUAGACGCCGAGAUUGCGGAUCGAGAGCAGGCGGAGGCAGCAACUCCGGGUGGCGAUAUGCAACAUAUGCACUUGUCACGUGACAGUGGUGGUGGCGGUGCAUCAUCUAGGGCUAAAUCGCCGGGACGUUCAUCGGCUAGAGCCUCUCAAGCCUUUGCUGAGGGUACCAUCUCCGCGGUGCAGGCUGCCCUACACAAAUACCAAUUGGCUCUCCACGAUAUGCAGGUGAAAUAUCAAAACACCCAAGAGAAUCUGACGGCCACCAAAACACAAUUGGAUACCAGUGAAGGGACCAAAGCACUGCUGACAACUAAAAUACAACAAUUAACCGAAAAGUUGGAUGCAAGCAAUUCAAAACUUUCAGAAUUGCUGAAAGAACGCGAUAGUUUGCAGAAGACGCUCGAUGAGAUCCGAGAACAAAAACAACAAUCGGAACAGGGUAAAGCCGAAAUAAAUAAUGCGUUUGAAAAUCUGAGUGCAGAUUUUGAAAAACUGCAAUUCAAUUAUGGUAAACUGCAAAAGAAAAUCGAUGCCCUUGAGGAGGAUAAGAAGGCGGUGGAAUUGGAAAUCCAAAGAAUUCUAAAGGAUAAAAAUAUCACCGAGUUGAAUUUGAGAGCCGAAGAAGAUCGUGGUAGCCGCCUGCGUGAAGAAACCAUAUCGCUGCGUGAAGAACUGAAUCGUGUCAGCCUAAAUCGUGAUCUACUCGAACAGCAACGUAUUGAAUCGGAAAAUUUAAUUAACCUCCUGGAAAAACAAAAAUCCGAUUUAGAAUAUGAUCUCGAUAAAAUUCUGCUGGAGAAAUGUGAUUUACAAGAACGUUUGGAAAAAGCAUCCUCCAAUAAUUCCUCAGCCAGUGAUGAACUUAAGAAUAUACAAACUACCCUGACUGAGGUCCAGGAGGAACGUAAAAAAUUAUCACAACAAUUGCAUGAGCAAAACAACGAACUGGCUGAGGUACGCAAAGAGCUUAGCAAUUUGGAUAAACUACGUUUGGAGCUGGAAACCGAUAAUUUGGGUUUUAGUGAAAAAGUCAAAUGUCUGCAAAUGGAAAAGGAAAAAAUUCUCCAGGACUUGGCUUGUAUAACUCGUGAUCGUGGUGACAUACACAAUCAAUUGACAGCGAUGUGUCGUAAAAAGGAAUCGCUUAAUGAGGAACUAAUGCGCACACGUCAAAGAUUGGAACAGACCAGUGAGACAAAUAAUCGUUUGAAUCGUAAUCUUGAGGAAAUGGUCAAGGAUGUUGAGGAGAAACAGGUGGUGAUUGAUCUGCACGAAAAGGAAACACAUCGUUUACAGGAAAUGUUGGCUGCCUUGCGUUCCGAAAAGGAAUCCCUCGAUGCGGUUCUCUUCGAUACCAAUACCAAUCUGGAAGCCACAGAAGAAAAACGUGCCCAAUUGGAAAAAGAGCUGCAAGAUGCGUUGGUCAGAGAGGAAUCGAUGAAAAAUAACGCCGCUCGUCUGCAAAAAGAAUUGGAUCAAUGUCAACGUCGUGCCCAAGACACGAAAACACAGCUUUUGAAUGCUGCCCGUGAAGCAGAAAAUGAUUACAAUCAAAAACUCAGUAAUCUGAAAUUAAAUGCUGAAGAGGCUGCUAAGAAACAUGCUGAUGAUAUGCUUCAAUUACGUAGUGCUCUGGAAAAGAGAAUGCAACAAGCUUUGCAGGCCCUCCAAACGGCAAAAGAUGAUGAAAUUGAAAAACAACAGGAACGCUUGGAGGGAUUACAGGCCCAUUUGGAAAGUUUGGUGCAGCAACAUGAAGAGGCCUUAAUUCGAGCGGAGAAUGAGAAACAGCAGGCAUUGUUGAUAGCUCAUCGUGACAAACAAGCCGUACAGGAGAAAUUAGAAGCUGUUGCAAGAGAAUUGAAAACGGAACAAGAUGCCUUAGAGCGGGCAAAGAGAGAACACAAUGCCCGUGAUGAAAAACAACGUAACGCCAUUGCCCAGCUAAAAGAUGAAUUGGUGGCGCUGCGUACCCGAGAAGAAGAACAAAAAAUCAAACUUGAAGAAUGUAUACGAAAACAAGAAAUCCAAAUGAAUGCCCUCAAAGAAGAACGGGAUAAUUUACAACGGCUAAGUGAUGAAUUAAAAAUGGACAUACGUUUGAAGGAUGACAAAAUGGAAUCGUUGAAUAGUGAACUGCAGGAUACCAUGCGUAAGGCUAAAGAGAACGAAGGUUACAUUGAAAGUAUGCGUAAAGAUCUAACCGACACGAGACGCCAGUUGGCCGAUAGCAAUAUCGAACGUGACAAGUAUUCCACCAGCAAUGAGGAACUACGUGAUCAUGUCAAACGUGUUGAGGGUGCCAAACGUGAACAAGCCCGUGCCAUUGAGGAAGCUCUACAGAAAAUAAGCAGUUUGGAAGAUAGUAAAAAUACACUGGAAAUCGAACGUACCCGCCUCUCCACGGUACUCAAAGAAACCGAGAAUAAUCUUCAAAAGACUAGCCAAGAAUUGAAUACAACGAAAAAUACUUUGCAAAAGACCCAAAUGGAAUUCGCCCAGAAAGAUGAGGGCGGAAAAGAGUUACAAAAUAAAUUGGCUGCCGAAACGGAGCUCAAGGAACGUGCCACCCAAGAAUUGAAUCAAGUGAAAAAACAAUUGGCAGAUUUGGAGGCGAAUUUGUGUGCCACUCGUCAAGAACUUGGUCGAGCUCGUUGUCAUGCCAAUCAAGAGGAACAUCGUUUCCACAACCGCGAACAAGAGCUAUUGGCCCGGUUGGAAGAGGCUCGCGGCCGGGAGAAACGUUUGGAAGAUCAAAAACACAAUUUGGAGGUAUGUCUGGCCGACGCCACACAACAAAUCCAAGAGCUAAAAGCUCGUCUGGGAGGUGCAGAGGGACGUAUACGUGCCUUAGAUGAACAGCUAGCCUGUGUGGAACAGCACAAACGUGAAUGUGAACAUAAAUUAAGUUCCGUCAUUCACACCCUACGUCGCAUUGCCGGCAUACAAAUUGAUGGUAGUGUCAAUCUGUCCCACCGUCUUGUCAGCCCUUCGAGACGUUUCAGCCCUGUUCGCAGUGUCUCUGGUGGUGUAGCGCCCAGCUGCCAUGAUUUCGAUCAACGUAGCACUUCCCAUUGCCCAGAUGGCCCCUCACUUGACAUUGAUCCCGAUCUGAUUCGCAAAGGAGUACGCUGCCUUAUGCACCAAGUUGCCCAAAUAGAACGCGAGAAAGAUGAUUUCAAAAUGCAAUUGAUGACCACCAAGAAACAGCUGCAGGAUGCCGCCGAUCAGCAAAUGAAAUGCGAUGCCAAAGUAUCGAAACUGCAACAAAUGAUCCGACAUUUACAACAGGAAAAGAGUAAUCUGGACACCGAGCGCAGCAUGAAAGUCUCCGCUUUGAAUGCUCUCGAAGAGAAAUUCCAAAAGAAGGUCGACGAAUGUCAACAGCUGAGGGAGAAAUUGGCCCAAACGGAAAUGCAAUUAAACUCCUGCAGCGAAGAGAACUCACAAAACGAAGAGCGUUUGGAGAAAUGCCGACAGCAUGGCGCCAAACUGGAAAAUGAAAAACGCCACCUGCAAGAGGAAUUGGCCAAACUGGAAGGCCGUGCCACAAAAUUGGACUUGCAACGUGUUGCCUUGGAGGGCGAUAUUACACGUCUACAAAUGGCCAUGCAGGAAAAGGAUUGUCACAUUAGAGCUGCCCAAGAACGUUUGGAUAAUCAAAAUAGAGCAAUGGCGCAAUUGGAAGAUAGGUGUGCAUCACUCAAAUCAUCCUUGGAUCAAAUGAAGGAACGGCUGCAAAAGGCCGCCGUCGUCGAAGCUGAACUAAGAGGUGAACUUAAAACUGCCAGUAAAGAAAUAUCCGAACAAGGUCACUGUUCUCAGGCCAAUGAAGAUAAACUUAAGCUUCUGCAAAAGUCCUUACAAACUGCCGAGAAUGAGAAACGCAUCUUAAGUGAACGUUUGGAAAAGGCCCAAGCUUCCAUUAACGAUCUGAGACGUGGCCAACAGGCCCAGUUGGAUAGUGCUCAACGGCUACAAGAUCAAGUUAAUGAUUUGGAAGUGAAAAACUCUGCCUUAGAAUCGCAGCUCCGUAUUGCAAAAUGGAAUCAAGAAUCGGGCGAUAAGAAUCACAGCUCGAACAACCACAGCGAAGAGGAUGAGCUGAGUCGCCAAUUGAAAUCAUCACAGCGCGAAAAAUCGGAGCUACGCAGCAAACUACAGGUGCUACAGGAUAAAGUGAAACAAUUGGAAUCGGAAAGAAAGAGUAAAUUUGCGGGUGAUAGUGUUUUCGAUAGAUCAGAAAAAUCGGCAAUGGGUGGUUCCGGUGGUGGUGGUGGUCUUGGUCAGAGUUCACCAUAUUACGAUGGCAAUUAUGAUUCGAAUCGUCUUGAAAGUAAUACGACGGCCAAUAGUAAUUAUCAAGCAAGUAGUAAUUAUCAACGUAAAAAUUCUUCGGCACCGGGUGGUGGCAAUAGCUUCAAUUGUGGCCUAGAUCACGCCGUUAUUGAACAAGAAAAUCGUGAUUUACGUUUAAAGGUACGUCGCCUAGAGACCCUAUUAGCUGAAAAGGAAUCAGAGCUGGCCCGUUGCAAGGCACGUAUACACGACAGCGCCAAAUGUAUGGAUGGUUUGGAUACGGAACGUUAUCGCAGUGCCCAAAUGCAUGCUGAAAAGCUAUUGGAUGCCCGUGAACAAAGUCAUCGUCAACAAGUGUUGCGUUUAGAAAACCAGAUUUCAAUGUUGCGCGAACAAUUGGCCCAAGAGGCUAAACGCCGCCAGCAAUAUAUUUUGCGCAGCUCCAAAGCAAAUCGUGAAAUGCAACAUUUACGCAAUACCCUGGGAGAUUCUUUGCGACACGUUUCACAGCAUCCGCUGGACCCAAAUCUAUUGGAAAGUGAAUCUAGAAGAUUGGACAAUGCCGUAUCCAUGAGUCUACCACCUUCAAGCUGUCGUGAUUAUGAACGCGAUUAA